GACAAUUAUUGGGGGGCUCCAGCCCCCCACCCUGGUUCCGACGGGCCUUGUAUUUCUUGGUUCUCCUUAAUGAAAUCUUACAGGUUUGUUCAAAGAAAGACCUUUUUUGUUGCAAAUGUGUUACAGGUACUCCUAUAAUCAUAGCUCAGUUUUCAUGUUUUCGCAGUGGUCGAUAUUGCAUAAGGGAAAAAACGAAAUAUUAGCAUUUUUCAUUUUCAUUACUAUACCUUGAUAAUUUUCCCGUUAUUUACCACCUAAACUAUCAUCUUAAGACUUUUAUUUUACUUGCUUUAGCUAUUUGAACUUCGGUUUGUUACAAAAAGUUCUCGGUGGUGCGGCCAUUUUGUGGGGUAGGGGGGUAUUUGCAAUACUUUUGCUCACCUAGUGUAUGUAUGGCAGCUACUGUUAGCUUUUGUUGUUAAAACUACAAUGCGAUCAAAGGCCAGUGUUAAGUUAGUGCCAAUUUGUGUUGUUCUUGUCAACUCGAAAGGAAACUUUAAUCUCUAGGCCACCUGUAUUUGAAUAAUGAAAAUCAGCUAUUGCAUGCAGCUAGAUUGAACAGCACGGUUAUCCCCCCUGCUUGACACUUCAUUGGCUGAUCAUUGGCGAACUUCAGCACGACUUUCGCAGAUGGAGUAUCGAAGGAGUUUGGAAACUGUGCUUGAAUUUUAGCAUUUAUAACUAAAUCGAAGGCAAAUGAGGAGGUACAAGUCAGAGCUGAUCAAAAUCGUAGCGGUUUUACUAUUAUUGCUGUUAGUCAUAAUUGGAUACACCAUUUAUUUAAACGAUCUAUGUGAUUUUCAGGACGGGUUGACUGCUGUUAGGACACCUGAUGGCCGCCAGAUUGAGAAGUUCAAACCGGGCGAGGCUGUUAAAACCUUUUCGUCACUUCCCGCGAUAUGUGACUAUAAAAAUGGAAAAUUGGUCUGUCCCGAUGUUCGAAACUUAGGAGAAACAAUGCUGCGACAAACUCAGUUAGCUACGAUCAGGAUGCUAGCUGCAUUUGAUAAGAUUUGCAGAAAGCACGGCAUAAGAUAUUGGAUGUGGAGAGGGGCCUUGCUAGGGGUCAUCAGGCACGAGGGUUUUAUACCUUGGGACAACGAAUUAGAUAUUGGAAUUAUGAAAGCAGAUUACGAAAAGUUUCGUAUUGUUUCUCAUGAACUGCCUGCUGAUAUAUUUCUACAAAAUGCCUCGAGCGACCCUGAAUACGGCAGACAAAAACACACGAUACUUGGCAAAUUAAGAGAUACGAAAGGUUGUUUCGGAUAUUGCGCUAGAACCGGCUGUCAUUUUCACGAUGGCCUAAUGAUAGAUAUAUUUGGUUUUGAAGAGUACAAGGACGACUUUAUUCGCGAAACCACAAGUAAUAGUGUUAACUUUGAAAUUCGUAAAAGUAAUAUUUUCCCAUUGAAGGAAAAGACUUUUGAGGGUUUUCAAGUAAUGGUUCCCAUUGAUCACGAUACGUUGUUAACUAAAACAUAUGGAUCUGCUUAUGGUGAACUUCCUCCAAUAAAACGAAGAUGUCCCCCUGGUAAACUAAUUGGAUUGCCUUGGACUUCGUGCCAAGAUUUGGAACAAAUGGACACAAAGCAGAAAAGACUCCACCUAUAUUUGUCUACCAUUUCAAACAUCAAAUAUUUAGCCUGGUUUUUCUAAAAUAAGCCGUAUUAUCGCAGACACUAGUUUUGUCUGCAACGAUUUC